GCGAUAUGAUAACAAUCUGCAAGCAUUCUUCCUAGGUGAUGUAUUCAGCCUCAAUUUCUACAACAUUUGCUAGGCUGUGUGUGAAUGUGUAGAACGAAUAUACAAAAGCUUUGAUAAGAAUGCCAAGAAAGAAGAAUGUUUUCAUCUUUUUCACUAUUUUGAUAAGGUUCGCUUGGACAUAUUCGUUUUCAUAUUGCACGCAAGUGCGUUUAAUAGAACCUACCCCUCUAGAAGCUUCUCUAGCCGUUAAACGUGGCUUCUCACUUUCCAAGAAUUCACUGAUAGUGCUUAAUCACGUUUUGGCCACUGCCAAAAAAGAAGCCAUUAAGCGAACCACAUCUCAGCACUAUAAAAGAUUCCUGAUUCAUCCCGGCAGAAGUUAGUAGCAAAGUAGAACCGUCCGUUGUACAUCUUUUCUGUGGCUUUUUUUGUAGAUCGUUUGUGUGUGUGUAUCUUCUUUUCACGUGCGUUAAGAAUUGAACGAGGAUCAUAUUAACCAUCAUGGAAAAGUGGCUGGUGUCCAUGCUGAUGUUGACCGCCAUCGCUAGCGCACAAGUGCUAGGCCCACGGUUUAGUUACAGUGGUCGUGACAAUUCGAAUGGUUUGGAGGCGCAACAACCUAAAAAUCAGGGAUUUGGACAAGGACAGCAGUAUAAUCAGCACGGUGGAUUCGGAAACAAUCCCCGUGUAGGUGGUAACCAACCUAAGUCAACAGAUCAAAUUACUUACUACGAUGGCUACCAUGUGCACUCAGAUGGUAGAGUGCACUAUGAUGCACCUCAAGUGCAGGGAAAUGUCCAACCGCAGGGAAAUUUCCAACCGCAAGGAAAUUUCCAACCGCAAGGAAAUGUCCAACCGCAGGGAUAUUACCAACCGCAGGGAUAUUACCAACCGCAGGGAAAUUACCAACCGCAGGGAAAUUACCAACCGCAGGGAAAUUACCAACCGCAGGGAUAUUACCAACCGCAGGGAUAUUACCAACCGCAGGCAGCUUUCCAGCCAGGAAGGCAGGAUGCGCAAGGUUAUAAUUCUAUGCAAGGACAGCAAUUUAAUCCAAUUGGUCGUUUUGGUGGCAAUCCUGAUGUAGGCGAUAAUCAAGACGACGACGACGACGGCGACUCAGACGAUACUACUAACUAUGAUGGAGACCAGCGAUCAGAUAGCACAAUUGAUCAGUCCAAUGGUAAUAACCCCGGUCAGCGUGAGGUAAGUCGCCGUCGACGUCCGAGCUUUACAGUAAAAAAAAAUUAAUUGUUUAAUCCGAAUAAAAAAUGUGAUUUAAUUAUGUA